AUGGUUAGAACCGGAGGAUUGCGUCAGGCUUUAGGUAGAGUUUUAGGAAGAGCCUUAGGUAAAUAUGUUACUAGUGAUGAGGAAGAAGUCCCUCGGUGUCGAAAGUCGACAACAUCGAUGCAUAGGCAACGAGUAGUUAUAGUUGUUGCUAAGGAUGUUGAACAUGUGGAUCAUGCUGCUGACGAGGUUCAUGAGGAGCCUCAUGAGCCAGUUAUGGAUCAUGAACAUACUGAGUUGAAAUUGACCUCUUAUGAGAGGAAGGUUGAGAAAUUUGAAAGACUUGCACAUGAGAUUAAAGGCAUAAUGGUUGCUACAGUACUAAGUUAUUUGAUUUCAUGUUCGUUGGAAAUGAUGGAGACAGGUGUCUUCCAUACCUUUGAUGCUAUUGAUAUAGAGGAAGUUGUCGACUUGUUAGUUGAGUUACUUGAGUAUUGGAUCUACAAGCAUUUCCCUACAAUUGUGUCCAUUAUUGUUAAUGAGGAUUACCAUGAGAGGAAAUCAUGUGCAUGUCAGUGGAAGUGUGUGAAGGCAUUAACAGUUAUGACCUAUCGUAAGCGCUUGGAUAGGUUGAUGUCAGAUAUUGUGUGA